CAGUGCUUCGCUGUAGGCAGAAGCCCGUUACUAAACCUAUAUCUUGCUAUCAACUCGGAUACAGAAGAUAGCAACAUUUUUUUCUCUUUCCGCAACACGAACACGACGCUGUACACUGCCUUUGUAUCAACACGUCAAUCUUAUCUUGGGCUCCUUCUAUUGGACUCUACAAUCAUCUUCAGAUUGAUACAUCUGUAAAGAUGAGAAGCUCCAUUGCUCUCUUCGGCCUUGUCGCAGGCGUACAUGCUCUUGAACCUGCGUCCUCGCAAUGUACAGAGUCAUCAAUCCAUCAUACGACAACCAUAUCAACAAGGACCUUUACUGCGACGUUUACGGCCAUUCCAUCACAUAUCAGUGCGGCUUCAGCACAGGAAGAUGGCACCUCGUCAAUAAUAUCUGUCACUCAAGCAUUCACUUUUGCAGACUCCAGUAUCACGACAAAAUCAAGCUCUGAGAUCACAGCCACAAGUUUCGCCACCGACAGCCCAUCUUUCAGCACAGCAUCAGAUGGGGUCUCUUCUCAAAACUCUGCUUCAGCUUCCGGACCACAACCAAGUGAUCCCAGUGCUUCAGGCGCAACUGGUCAAUCGAGCAUUGGAAACUCCUCUCCAUCUUCCUCUUUCAGUUCUUCAUCAAUACUCGCCAGCGUCCCUACAUCAUCACAAUGGAGCACCCAAUCACGGUACGGCCCACCGCCAACAAUGUCGACGUCAACCGCAACCACUGCAGGCAACUCGUCAUCGCCGAAACAUUCCGUGAUCGCAUUCACGGGUUCUUCGUCAACGACAACAACAACUGGCGGUGCAGCGUUGGUUGCUUUCCUUUUCACAAUGCUUCUUCUGUAAAGCAGUCAAGUGCAGCAUGGGCUUCGCAAACGGGCGUUUGGUUCAAUUAGCGAUUUAAUCCGUAUGAAACAGUUCUCUCAUUCAAUGGUUCGUCGAUCAAUGUGAGGAUCUACAAUGCAAGUGUCAAUAUCAGAGGUGCAUGACGCCGU